UUUAAAGAAGCAGUAAAGCUGUUUGGCCUAUUACAGAACGAUGGUUCGGCUAACAAUGGACCUAAUUGUUAAAAGCAUCAGUCACAAGAAUCGCAAUGAAGAGGACUUUGGACAGUAUCUGCAAAAAAUAACUCAUUUGAAUUUAUCAGAUAAAAAUAUAGAUACCAUUGGUGACUUCUCUAUGUGCAAAAAUCUUAAAGUUCUAUAUUUAUAUGAUAACCAAAUCAGUCAAAUCCAGAACUUGGACUUUGCUUCAAAUAUAACACACCUUUACCUUCAGAACAAUUGUAUUUCAUGUAUAGAAAAUCUCUCAUCACUGAAAAACCUUGAAAAACUGUAUUUGGGAGGCAACUGUAUCACUGUACUAGAGGGUCUGGAUAAAAUAGACCAAAUAAGGGAGCUACAUAUUGAAAGUCAACAUCUCCCUCUCGGUGAAAAGCUUAUAUUUGAUCCAAGAUCUCUUAGGUCCCUGGCAAAAUCUUUGUCUGUGUUGAAUAUCAGCAAUAACAACAUUGAUGAUUUAGAAGAACUGGCAGUUUUGGAAAAUCUUUCUUAUCUUAGAGCAGUUGACAAUCAGCUUCAACAUAUGAAGGAUUUGGAGGUUGUAUUAAACAAAUGGACAAAGCUACGCAGAAUGGAUCUUGCAGGAAACCCCAUCUGCCGCAAACCAAAAUACAGGGAUGGGAUUAUAGUACAGUCACAAACUUUAGAAUCCCUUGAUGGGAAAGAAAUUAAAGAAGUGGAAAGACGGUUCCUAAUGAAUUGGAAAGCCUCCAAAGCUGCCAGGAAAAAAAACAAAGAAAGAAUGACAAAUGAACAUUCAGCAUAUCUACAUUUUUCUGACUUUGAAACACCUUAUCCUGUUCUUCCCUUUCACUACAGUCAGUCUGUGAAAGAAAAACCAAAUUUUUUAUUUUUGUCUGAAAUGCAUGAAGUUAAAAGAAAACCUCUGCCAAGAAUCCUGGGAAAAAAAUAA